GGUUGGCAAUCUCAUGCUCCAUUGGGAAAUUUCACCCACUCCAGUCAAUUGUUCCAUUGUUCCAUUUAAUAUUAAAUCUUAGUGGUCUUUUUCGCUUUUUGAUAGCUGCCCAAUUAAGAAAAAUGCAAGCAAUAACAUUUCAGCAACCAUUCAAAGUAUUAGUAAAAACUGUCCCGUUUCCAAAAAUUAUACAAGAUACUGAUGUUAUUGUAAAAAUUAGUGUUGGUGGAUUGUGUGGAUCUGAUUUACAUAUAUAUAGAGGAAAUGAAGUUGGAAUUGAAAAAGAUACAAUAAUGG